UCCGCGUGCAAUAGCUUUGCUGCUUCUGUAUGCAUCGUUUCGAGAGGGAGUUCGCUUCAUUGAGAGCCCUGCGUCAGCCCUGCGUGUCAGCCCUGCGUCAGCCCUGCGUCAGCCUUGCUGUCUGAGUGUCUGAUCUAUUCGCUUUCAACCUGGACCACUGGAUCCCGCAAGCACACUGGUACCUGGAGGUGACCUUUAAUCGCUACGACAAAUACGGCAACUAAUACCAGAUCUGUGCGCGUGUGUGCUGGUGUUGAACAGUGUGCUGACGAGCACACACAAGCACAAUGGUGCUUGUGUGCAAGAUGCCAAUCCACACUAUACUGUCAAUGAUCAUCUACUGCUGUGUACUCAUCGGUACACCAGUGAUGAGUUGUCCAGACCAAUGUUACCGAUGCAACUAUAUUCGGAAGGGUUAUAUAACAACAGAUUGCAUGAUGCUCGGUCUAAGAACAGUGCCAGCCGGGAUACCCACAAAUACCCAGAAAUUGUGGUUGCACCACAAUCAGAUCACAACGUUAAGUAAUGGUUCCUUCAGUGGCCUAACAAAUCUCCGUAGCCUAUGGCUGUACAAUAAUCAGAUCAGAACGUUAAGUCCUGGUGUGUUCACUGGUCUAACAAACCUCCGAUGGCUGUCCUUGUCCAGUAAUCAGAUCACAACACUAAGUACUGGUUUGUUCACGGGUCUAACAAACCUCCGAACCCUAUCGUUGUUUGAUAAUCAGAUCACAACGCUCAGUACUGGUUUGUUCACGGAUCUAACAAACCUCCGAACCCUAUAUUUGAACAAUAAUCAGAUUGCCACCUUAGGUACUAGUUGGUUUUCUGGGCCAAGAAACCUCCGACUUUUAUGGCUGCAGGGUAACCCUCUUCUUCUGACACCAAGUCUUUAUACCAAUUUACGUGGCCUCGGUACCUUUUCCACUGGUUACUGCACUUCAUGCAAUCGUGUUGACCAACCUGUAAAGGAUUAUCUUGAAAAAGAUAUCACACCAAUCUUGGAAACACUGGCUAAUGAGACAUUACAAGGCGACAUCUUGAGAACUGAUGCCGCAUCUGAAUCUCUAAAAGACUUAACAAACAGUCAGAAUCUGGCUCAGGACGAUGUCAAAUUUGCCUCUAAAGCCAUAGCAAAUAUAGCUGAGUCUGUGUCAACGAACAUACAUCGUGAGGACCUUACCGGACAGAUUACAAACCGUACUUUUCAGGCAGUGGACAACAUUUUGAACUUAACAACGGUGGAGAAUGUAACAUCAUUGAGUUCAGGAGAAAGAAUGACUAGAGCAAUGGAUAUGCUAGUUGUUUCGCUACGUGUUGGACCACAUCAGAUUCUACAGGAGACGAAAAGCAGUUUGGGAUAUGCAGUGACAUGUCCUGCAGGAAAUGUGGAGAGCAAAUACGAAAGUUUCCGGUCAAGAUACGAGACCCAAAGUGGCUUUUUUUUAGGCGGAACAAAUCAAACUGCUGAAGGAACAACGUCUGGUGUGGCAGUUGACAUUGACCGAAGUGCUCUUGAUAAGGUAGAUGGAGUAGCAAAUUCAAGUUGUGGAGUCGCUCCAAUCCGAUACAUCCUGUACAAGACUGAUGCUUUGUUUGGGAAAGACUUCAAAGGAGAGACCAUUGGAAGCAUCGAAUCUGAGGUCAUAUCUAUCCAAGUCGGCCAUGGACCUGAGAAGACACAACCAGUGCCAGUUUCAAUAUCAUUUGACACUCCGCCACGUGAAAAACAGGAACAAGGAAGAUAUCUUUGCGCUUAUUGGAUAUUUGGAGCAGAUAAUGCAUUGGGAUAUUGGACUGAUGAAGGAUGCAGCACAUCGACAACAUCAAGGAAUAGAACACUAUGCGAAUGUGAUCAUCUCACUAAUUUCGCGAUGCUGUUUGUACCUGACUAUGAGGACAAUGGCCUAAAAUGGGUGUCCAUAAUUGGAUGUGGGACUUCAAUGCUGGCUAUUGUUUCCACAAUUCUUCUCAUCCUCAUAAUUCCGAAACUGCGGCAGUCAAUUCAUCAUCGGAUCCUGCUUGGCUAUGCCAUUACACUGCUCAUUUUCAUCAUACUAUUCACUAUCGCUCUCUAUGAUUCCAAGCUGAACAAGAGCAGUGGCGCUUGUAAAGCUGUUGCAGCCAUUCUACAAUAUCUGAUUCUGUGCGUCUUCAUGUGGCUUUCGUUCGAUGCCACUAUACUCCAUCAGAAGCUGGUUGUCGUGCUUGGGACAGACCCUGAAGCUUUGACGAAAUGGCUUCUCAUUUCAGUGUUCGCAACCCCCUUCAUCAUUGUAGGCAUCACGGCUGGUGCAACGCAAUUUAAGGCAUACUCGGACGAGACUUGUUGGAUGAAGCAAGGACCAGCCUUCUAUGGUGGAUUUGUGGCGCCUCUCGCUAUCCUGCUCUGCUAUAACAUUGUUAUUCUCGUCAGAGUCACGAUGUCUCUGCGAAACCGUCAAGCAUCUACGACCAAGAAAGGAGGAAAGAAUAAUUCUGCCCUGCGUGUCACGGUAUCCCUAUCUCUGUUGCUUGGUCUUACUUGGAUCCUGGGCUUUUUCAUUCUGAUCCAUGAACACAAAGCCUUACUAUAUAUUUUUGUCAUUCUCAACUCAACACAAGGUGUUUACUUGUUUGUUCAUGUUAUCAUUGGAAAAGAAACCAGGAAGGGGCUCCGUGCCAUCAUUAACAAACCACGUCAGAACAAGAAAGCAGGCGAGAUGGCAAAGCCCACCCGCUCAAAGCAGCCUGAUACUGCCACAACGAGUGGGACCAACCAGAACACAAUAGUCACGUGCAAUAACACAAUAGUCACGUGCAAUAAGAUAUCGAGCAGUCACAGUAAUUCCACAUCAAGGGACAUGUCCUGCACCACUGAUGCAGCCGUUCAAUACUGGAAAACACACCAAACGAGUAACAGUGACGACUUGCUUUCAGUAUAGGAUUGCAAGAAGAUUUGGCCAAUUUUGUUUGUAUAAGUGUUUCAUACUUCAGUUUCUUUAUCCAUGAGAGUUUUUGGAUUUUUAUUUGCGUGAGAUGUUACAUUUGACGACUCUAAUUCGUCCUUUUUCAUCCCACCACCGUACCGGCUGAAUUUGUUGCAUUUCAUGUCCAGACUUUCGUUUGACUUACAGCUACAAAAUAUAUGAUACAUUAUCGAUAAAUAAAUUCAAUAAGGAACUCGGAUGGAGUUUUUAUAAAUAAACUCAAUGUCACAUA